AUGGAGGCUUCCCUUGUGUCACAGCCUGGUGACACACUAUACUGGAAGCCAGAAUUGUCUGAGCUUGGGGAGAGGAAAGUGAGUCAGAAGCAAAAUGAGCACAGGUUUUUGCCAGGUAAGGCGGCAGCUGUCUCAGAUGGACGAGGAAAGCAGAGUCUUUAUCAGAAAUCUAGCUGUUUGCUAAUUAAAGGCGAUGUUAGCAUAAGUUCUCAACUUUCUUGUGCUGUAGACCCCAUUGGCAGUCUGUGGUCAGCCCCUCUGAGUCCUUCUCAGGAUCAUGUCACGGUCCAUGGAGUCCAGAGCUGCUAUACUCAUGGGUCAGUGAGAAAGUAUGGAAGUUUCAUAGAUAACCUGAGACUCUUCACCAGGGGAGGAAGUGGUAGAAUGGGUUACCCUCGUUUAGGUGGAGAAGGUGGAAAAGGUGGAGACAUCUGGGUUGCAGCCCAUAACAAAAUGACUUUAAAACCACUUGAAGACAAAUAUCCUAAGAAACGAUUUGUGGCUGGAGAAGGAGCUAAUAGUCGGGUUAGUGCACUGAAAGGCUCCAGAGGAAAAGACUGUGGCAUUCUUCUACCUGUGGGUGUUUCAGGAACUGAUGAAAAUGGUGAAAUUAGAGGAGAGCUCAAUAAAGAGAAAGACAGAAUUUUGGUAGCGGAAGGAGGUAUUGGUGGUAAAUUACUUACAAAUUUCGUACCAUUGAAAGGCCAGAAACGAGUAAUGCACCUUGAUCUCAAACUUAUAGCUGAUAUAGGCCUAGUGGGAUUCCCAAAUGAUGGAAUCUCUUUGCUGAGUCAGAUUUCUCACGCAAAACCUGCACUUGCACAUUAUGCAUUUACAACACUAAAGCCUGAACUUGGAAAGAUUAUAUAUAAUGAUUUCAAACAGAUAUCAGUAGCUGAUCUUCCUGGUUUAAUAGAAGCAGCACAUAUGAGCAAAGGAACUAAACAACUACUUUUUGUUGUCAAUAUGUCUGGAUUUCAGCUUUCUUCCCAAACUAAAUACAGAACUGCCUUUGAAACCAUAAUACUGCUUACAAAAGACUUGGAGUUGUACAAAGAGGAAGUCCAGACAAAACCUGCACUCCUGGCAGUUCAUAAAAUGGACUGGCCAGAUGCCCAAGAUGAAUUCCAUGUACUGAUGCACCAACUCCAGAAUCCUAAAGAUGUCCUGCAUUUAUUUGAAAAAAAAAUGAUUCCAGAGAGGACUGUGGAGUGCCAACAUAUCAUCCCCAUCUCUGCAAUAACCAAAGAAGGAAUUGAAGAAUUAAAGAACUGUGUAAGAAAAUCUCUGGAUGAACACGCCAACCAGGAAAUGGAGGCAUAUCAUAAGAAACAGUUGCUUAAUUUGCAGAUUUCCAAUACAAUAUCUUACAGUGAACCACCAUCAAAGAAUGCUCUUACUAGUUCCAGAAUGCACAGAAUUUAA